AGAACAAAUAUUAGUUGCGCUGAACUUUCAAAGCGGAGCGGUUGGAUGAUUCCAUAGAAAAAUAAAAUAAAUUAACAGCGUUAUCGGAAAAAUUGCAAAUUGAGUGCAAAUAUUAAGGAAAUGACGUCACUGGGCGGACAGGUGUUUUUGUGGAUCUGCUUGCUCUCUCUAACUUCGGGAAUCUCUCAUACGAAAGCGGAUACCAUCGAUGAUCAAUGCAUGCACGCGGACAGCUGUGAAAGGUGUUUAGCCGCUCACCUGGAGUGCGCCUGGUGCACAGGAAAGGAAUAUCAAGUGGGCUAUCGCUGUCUCUCUCGUUCGUUACUCCUGCACUACAACUGCAGUGAGACGGAUAUAUACGAGAAUCAGCCGGUUUUAGAUCUCCUGCAGAAUAAACCCCUGAAGGACUAUGAAUCUAGCGAUCAGGCCGUUCAGGUGACACCCCAACGAGCAUACCUCAAAUUGGUCAAAGGAAACACGCAACGCAUCAAGCUGAGCUAUAGAACCGCACGCAAUAAUCCACUCGAUUUGUACGUGUUGAUGGACCUCACCUGGACAAUGAGGGACGACAAGGAGACCCUGGAGGAGUUGGGUGCGCAACUCAGCCAGACCCUAAAAAAUUUAACGGGCAACUAUCGGCUGGGAUUUGGUUCCUUUGCGGAUAAGCCAACUUUGCCCAUGAUUUUGCCGCAAAAUAAGCAGAAUCCCUGUGCUCCAGAACGGGCUACAUGUGAACCUACCUAUGGAUUUAGACACCAAAUAUCGUUAACUGAUAAUAUUCCUGCCUUUACCUCGGCAGUGGCUAACAGUAAGAUCACGGGAAAUUUGGAUAAUCUUGAGGGGGGCUUGGAUGCUCUGAUGCAGGUAAUUGUUUGUCCCAAGGAAAUCGGUUGGAAACAGCAGGCGAGAAAGGUUGUCAUCCUGGUAACCGAUGGUUUUAUGCAUCUAGCGGGGGAUGGACUCUUAGCUGGUAUCACCCAACCCAAUGAUAAAAAGUGUCAUCUGAAUAAUGCCGGUGAGUAUACCGGCUCCUUGCAGUACGAUUAUCCCUCGCUGGAGGAGAUCUAUCGUGAGUUACUACGUCGCAAAAUCAGUGUGAUCUUUGCUGUUACAAAGGAUGUGGUAAGCAGCUAUAGGGAACUCAGUGCCCUGAUGAAGGAAAUCAGUUAUGUGGACAUACUUAGUGCAGAUUCCUCCAAUAUCUUGGAACUGAUCAAAAAGAGUUAUGAGAGCUUAGUUCAGCGCACCCAGUUCGCCGAUAACAGUCCAGACUUUAUUGAUAUGGUUUACUAUACGGAUUGCGGUGGACAGUUUCCUAACUUACAAAAACGAAAUUACUGCAAUAAUGUCAGCCUGGGCAAAGAGAUUGAUUUCUAUGUGGAUGUCACACUUAAGAAAUAUCCAGAAAACAAGAUUUAUAACCACAAGAUCCGGGUAGAGGAGACUUCCUUAAGCGAAUAUAUGGACCUCGAUGUGGAGCUUCAGCAGCCGUGUCCCUGCCAGGAAAUUCCGGAUCCGGAGAACGAAGAGGGGCGCUUCCGUUGCGAGAACCAGGGCUAUAUGUAUUGUGGCAUGUGCAACUGCGAUGAGGGAUGGACUGGCACCUAUUGCACCUGCCCCACGGAUGCCACAAAUGUCACCAGUAAUGAAGCUCUGCUCCAGAAGUGCCGCCAACCCUUGCCGGAUAAAACCACCUCGCCCUUGGUGUGCUCCAAUCACGGGGACUGUGACUGCGGCAGUUGCCUGUGCGAUCCUGGAUUUACGGGUCCAUUUUGUGAGUGUCGCGAAUGCAUCGAUUGCGAUGAGACGCGUGCAGAGUGCUUUUGUGGCCAGUGUGUUUGCAAGUACGGUUGGUCGGGAACCAGAUGCAAUUGCGCCGAGGAUACGGACGCCUGUUUGGGACCCACGGGUGAAAUUUGUUCGCAACGAGGCACUUGCGACUGCGGCGAGUGCCAGUGUGAGGAACCAUUUUUGGGGAAAUUCUGCGAAAUUGAUCUGGAAAAGGAUAACAAACUUUGCCAGUUCUAUGAGCCCUGUGUUACCUGCCUAAUUGAACAAAAACAAGGAAUGGGUGCUUGUGAUAAUUUAAGUCAAGUAUGCUCCAGUUUGGACAGGCAAGAGCACUUCACCUACUCUUUUGUGCACGAAUUGGAUCCCGAUGAAGACCAUUGCUUGGUGCGAAUUGUGAACAAACAUGGCAUCCAAUGUGACAGCUUCUUUGUCUACCAGGUCAUCGAUCAUUCGAACUUUCUGACCAUCCAAGCAGUUAACUGCGAGCCACUGGACUAUGUGGCCCUGUUUGGUUUUAUAUCGGGCUUUACCCUUCUUAUAGGACUGCUUCUUAUCUUCUUGAUUUUGUGGUGCAUUCGGAGAAAGGAUGCCAGGGAAUAUGCAAAGUUCUUAGAAGAGCAGAAGACUUGUGUGCGACAAGAGAAUCCAAUUUAUAGGGAUCCUGUGGGCAGAUACGAAGUGCCCAAGGCACUAAGUGUCAAACACGAUGAGAACCCUUUUGCUAGUUGAUAAGAGCUUAGUUUUUGUUUAUUCACAUUGCCAACUCGAGAAAAUCGUUUAUAUUUUUAAAUAUCUGUACUCCUAGAAAACCCAAAGUAUAUCUAUAAGUAUUUCUUAAAGCAAAUCCAAAUUAAGUAAAGAAUACUAUGUUGAUUUUAAAACCAUUGCAAAGCUUUGACGAACAAACACUGUUUAAAUUCAAUUGUUUUCAUAUAAUAUAUUUUUAACAUAAAUUUUUUUGUUUAUACAGAAAAUUUAAUGAAUUGCUUAAUAAUUCGUAUAUAAUAUCUAAGCUUAGUUAUCUAAUAAUUUGUUAUAGCUAAAAAACGAAAAGAUUUAUAACAAAGUUGGUUUUCAGUUUCGAAUUGGACAAUUCCGUUGAGCAAAAGUUUUGAUU